AUGGCACCACGAGACAUCAACACGAGCACUUCCCGCCGCCGUCCCUCGCUUUCCCUUCGCAGUCGACCUCGGACUGCUACCGUAUCGACCAUUCAGACCAUUGGACCGGAUCACGAGCUCUGGCAUGGACUUACCGUCGUCGACUCCGAUGACGAUGGGCACGAUGGGCAGGCUUUGGAGGAACAUCAUAUCAGCGAGCAGGUUCUAGAGGAUACAAAUCACUUCCCGGAACCCGCUCCUAGGCGCCGCGGAGCGAAGAGCUUCUCCAACCUGCGGCACCCCGUGGAUGGGCUGCGCGCUCUGGGGCGUCGUCUUUCGGUGACGAUCCGUAACAAGUCUACAAGGCACUCAGCCAAUCCGACUGAGGAUACCACCAGGAAUUCCUGGUGUAAUGAGGCCAGUGUCGAUCGCCGGUCAUCGGUCAACAGUGUUUCGGGGAUACAUGGCCUGCCUGCCUCGGUGUCUGGCCUCGUCCCCGGUAACGGCCUGGCUCCUCCAGUUUUCCCGGCUGACAUUUAUGCGGGGGCAGCUGCUCGUGCCGCGGCCGCCGCUCAAAAUGAAUUGGCCCGAGCGCUGCGUGAGGGAGUCAAGUCGUCCGAGACGAGGCUGACCCGGGACUCCGAAAGUGGCAUCGGCAUCGAUUUGCGCGAUCGCUCCGAUCUCUCAGACUCUGCUCUGGCGGUUGUGCGGAUUGACCCUGUGGCAUAUCUUCCGCCGGAGAUCAUGUCGCUGGUAUUCUCCUACCUUGACCCGGAAUCACUGAUGCAGUCAGAGCUCGUCUCUUGUGCUUGGAGGGAGCAGGCUUCCUCCCGGCACAUCUGGCGACAUGUGUUCCGUCACGCCUAUAGACACCAUCGCCCUAGUGGGCUUCCGACCAAGAAGAGGCAAGCUGCUGGUCUGGGCAAGGCUCGCCCAGACCAAGAUUGGAAGCGGAUGUUCCUUGUGCGGCGCGCUUUGGAGCAUCGUUGGAAGGAGGGCAAGGCCGCUGCUAUCUACCUGCAUGGGCACACGGACAGUGUCUACUGCGCUCAGUUCGACGAGGACAAAAUCAUCACUGGUUCACGCGACCGGACCAUUCGCGUCUGGGAUGCUCACUACCCUUGGCCAUGCCGUAAGAUUAUCGGCCCCUCGCCUGGUGAUGUCUCCGGCAUCGGCCCCGUCAACAACCCAACGCAGCAGUCAGCUGGCAAGCCGCCUUUUCUGACCAUUUGUCCCCCUCCCACGCGCUCUGCAGGCAUUACGACACCAGUGGAGCACAGUGCAGACUAUCACAGCGCGUCCAUCCUUUGUCUCCAAUUUGACGAAGAGAUAAUGGUCACUGGCUCUUCUGAUUUUACUUGCAUUGUGUGGGAUAUCAAGAAUGACUACAAGCCGAUCCGGCGCCUGGAGGGACAUCGGGCGGGAGUUCUUGACGUCUGUUUCGAUGAUCGCUAUAUCGUCUCGUGUUCCAAGGACACCACGAUUUGUGUCUGGGACCGACAGACUGGAGCCCUUGUCAAAAAGCUGCUUGGCCACCGGGGUCCUGUCAAUGCUGUCCAGCUCCGUGGUGAUUUGGUAGUCUCUGCCAGUGGAGACGGUAUUGCCAAGCUGUGGAACAUCACUUCCGGGCUUUGCGUGAAGGAGUUUCUCAGCAAGGAUCGGGGUCUAGCCUGCGUUGAGUUCAGUGAUGAUGCUCGGACAAUACUCACGGGCGGCAAUGACCGUGUGAUUUACCAAUUUGAUGCAAACACCGGAGAGAUGGUGGGCGAGCUCAAGGGCCAUGAGGAGCUCGUCCGGUCGCUGCACCUGGAUAACAUGAACCAGCGCAUUGUCAGUGGUAGCUAUGACAUGAGCGUCAAGGUCUUUGAUGCGCAGUCUGGUGAAUUGUCAAUUGACUUGCCUGGUUGGACGACCAGCUGGAUGCUCAGCGUCAAGUCAGAUUAUAGGCGCAUUCUUGCUACCAGUCAAGACUCUCGUGCCGUGAUAAUGGAUUUUGGUUAUGGUCUAGAUGGCAUAGACUUGCUAGAAGAGUGA